AUGACUCAAACAAAACCCGAAAUUACAGUCGUCCGCGCCACCGAAAAUGAUACUCUAGUCCUCGCGGAGAUAGAAUCAUUAGCCUUUGAUGGUCCAUCUCCUUAUGCCCUCAACAGGACUAAUACUACUUCUGAGAAUGAACCAGACAAAGGAUCAGAACCCAUAUCCCAGAACAGAAUAAUGUUCGGUCUCCCCAGUGCUGAGGGACGAGCAAUUCGUGCUCGCGGCAUAAAUGAGCGCUUGAAAACCAGUUCCGACUAUCAUAUAUACAAAGCUGUUCUUGAGGAAGAAGACGGCAAAGAAAAGAUUGUCGGAUUUGCGGCAUGGAGGUUUUGCGCCGAUGAACCUUUCCCCGUGGAGGAUACCUGGAAGGAUUUGCCGUGGGAAGGGUGCGCUAAUCCACGGGCGUGUAAUGACUUUUUUGGGGCGAUUGCGAGGUUCAGGACGAAGUAUCUUGGUGGGAAGAAAGUUGCCUUACUAGAGACUCUAGUCAUCCAUCCCUCAGCUCAAGGGCUAGGGAUAGGUUCUAAGAUGCUGGAGCGAGGAUUGGAGGAUGCCAAAAACUUGGGUCUGACGGAGUCCUGGUUGGAGGCUUCAGAUGCCGGGCAUGGGUUGUAUUACAAGUUUGGAUUCAGGGUUGUCGAGGAGUAUAUUACUGAUUUUUUUAAAUAUGGUGCUGAGGGAAGUUCGCGGCUUAGGGUUAUGAAGAGAGAGGAUGCUUGA